CCCCCACUCUCCCAAACCCGCACCCGCUCGCCAAAGCCUAGCCGCUGCCACCGCCCCCGCACCACGGCCGUUGAUGACGAGGAGCCCGAAUCCCCAUGCCUCCCAAGCGCCCGAAACCCUAGCCCGCGGCGCAGCCAUGGCGACUAAGCUCUGGAUCCGGUCCAGGGUGUCGCCAUCAUGCAGAAGCACCACCAGCUGCACCAGUGGCUCGCCGGCGGCGUGGGCGGGGUGCACGCAUCCUCCAGCGCCAUCCGCGACUGUCUCCCGUCACUAGGCCCAAACCCAAACCCAAACCAGCCGCCUCUCUCCCGGCUCCCUCCCAUGGCGCAAACCAGCCGCCGCCUCUGCCCCUACCGGUGACCUUGCCGCUGUGCUCCGCCCUCCACCCUCCGCCACCCUCUUCCCCUCCCCGCCUCGUCCCCUCGCCUUCUCGCCCGGAUGGAGCUACAGGUGAGGCGGCGGCCAGAUCCACCGCGGUGGUUCCGGAUCCGCCCCGCCGUCAGGCGACGGAGGCGCUCGAGGGUGGUUGUGUCUUCCCAGUUGCUCGCGCGCCAGGAGAGGAGGAGGUGGCGGGCACGACUUCCUUUCUCCGGCAACGACGCAACCAUUCGGUGGUUUGACGCCGCUCUUCCGCGUGAGGACAGAGCAUGCCGCGGCUCCUCUACGCCGACCAUGGGGACGAAGCCAUGGAGCUCGUCAAGGAGAACCUCAGAUGCCUGGCUGGCUGCUCUCUCAUCCCCUCGCACGCAGGGUUUUUGUUGCUUCGGAUCGCUUCCUCCUUGACACCCCGAUUUGGACAGUGGCAGCAGCGAUAGUGUUGACACUCGAGCAUGCCCACCUCUCCAUCUAUAAUUGGUCCGUCUUCUUUGGACGGUUAUCUGCUUCCUCCCCAGUUUGAAUUCUCGAUCCCCUUUCUUGUUGAUGACUCAUUGAAUGAUUCGCAGGGUGCAGGUGCUCUACUACGUGCUACUCCAGAAGGGUCACCUAGACAUGUACGUCGGCAAUCGAGAGGCCGCUCCAGCUCGUGCAGACCAUUGUUUGGCUCUACCAUUGAUCAAUUAUCUGUAACUUGCUGACCUAUUUUCUAGGCCGCAUGUUUUGUAUUUUGCAUGAGACAUUCUUCCUGGAAUGACAUGAUUUACCUUUUAAUUCUUCUGACCAAACAUGUGUUUAGCUUUUUUCAUUUUCUUAUCAACAGAUGUUCUACUUGUUUUGAGUUGCUGCCACUUUGUUAGCUACUGCCACUUGUUUUUGUCUGUAAUUUGAUCACUUGUUAGUUUAGUCAGGUAAGGGUUUAGAUGAAAUGAUCCUUUAGGAAGUAGGUACUAUAAAUAUAUCAAAGGCUACAAUCAU